CGGUGAUGGUGGUUUAACACUAAUCUAAACUUUAGACUAAACCAACGGUAAUGAAGAAAUUAACAGUAAUAAAUAGCAAAUAUUUAAUUUUAUUUUUAGCAAAAGAAAUAUCCUCCUCCCAUAAAGCGAAAUAAUCACUUACACUCAAUUUCACUUUCUCAAUAAUCACAAUUCAAAAUGCCAAAAAUUGAUUUCAACGUUUUUCUGUUACUACUCUCUCUUCUAUCCAUUGUUACUCGUAUCGAUGCCGUUCAACCUUUUCCUAAUCACGACGUUCCUUAUCUCAAUCGGAGCAGUUUCCCGCCAGAUUUUGUUUUUGGAACUGCUUCUUCUGCGUUCCAGUAUGAAGGUGCUGCAACAACAGAUGGAAAAGGACCUAGUAUCUGGGAUACAUUUGCUCAUAAAUACCCAGAAAAAAUAAAAGAUAGGAGUACUGGAGAUGUAGCCGACGACUCAUAUAAUCACUACAAGGAUGAUAUUCGAAUCAUGAAGUAUAUGAAUAUGGAUGCUUAUAGAUUCUCCAUUUCUUGGUCUAGAGUGCUACCGAAAGGAAAGCUUAGUGGAGGCGUAAACCGCGAGGGAAUAAAGUACUACAACAACCUCAUCAACAAACUAUUGGCUAAUGGUUUGCAACCAUAUGUGACCAUUUUCCAUUGGGACCUUCCCCAAGCCUUAGAGGAUGAGUAUCGCGGUUUUCUAAGCCCUCGCAUCGUGGAUGAUUAUAGGGACUAUGCUGAACUAUGCUUCAAGGAAUUUGGUGAUAGGGUGAAACGUUGGAUUACUUUGAAUGAACCAAGGAGUGUGAGUAAGAAUGGCUAUGCAACCGGAAGGUUUGCACCAGGUCGAUGUUCAGAUUGGUUAAAAAUGAAUUGCACAGGAGGUGAUUCUGGGACAGAACCAUAUUUGACUUCGCACUACCAACUUCUUGCUCAUGCUGCUGCUGCAAAACUUUACAAGACCAAGUAUCAGGCAUCUCAAAACGGUUUAUUAGGGAUUACCUUAAACUCUGAUUGGUUUGUUCCAGUCUCUCAAGAGAAAUCAGAUGUUGAUGCUGCACAACGAGCCCUCGACUUCAUGUUUGGAUGGUAUAUGGACCCGCUCACAAAAGGCGAAUAUCCAAAAAGCAUGCAAUCUAUGGUGGGAAAUAGGCUUCCAAAGUUCUCAAGAGAAGAAUCAGAGCAACUUAAGGGGUCCUUCGAUUUUCUGGGCCUAAACUAUUAUGCAUCCUUUUAUGCUGCUUAUGCACCUCAACUACGCGGUGCUAAACCGGCCCAACAAACUGAUGCUCUUGUUAAUGUUACAAAUCAGCAUGAUGGAAAGCCCCUUGGUCCAAUGGCUGCUUCCAGCUGGUUGUGCAUUUAUCCACGAGGAUUUCGAGAACUGUUGCUUUACAUCAAGAAGCAAUACAACAACCCAGUAAUUUACAUUACUGAAAAUGGUUAUGAUGAGUACAAUGAUCCAACACUAUCACUUGAAGAAUCCCUUGUAGAUACUUACAGAAUUGAUUAUUUUUAUCGUCAUCUUUAUUAUCUUCAAACUGCAAUCAAAAGGGAUGGUGUGAAUGUAAAGGGAUAUUUUGCAUGGUCAUUGUUGGAUAACAUGGAAUGGGACUCUGGCUACACCGUGCGAUUUGGACUCGUCUUUGUAGAUUUUAAAGACGGAGUGAAAAGAUACCUAAAACACUCGGCACAUUGGUUCAAGGAUUUCCUCAAAAAAACUUGUUAGUGAACUUUGGAUUAAAAUAGAAGUGAUAUGCUAGUCACUCAUAUAGAGAUCUUUGUAAAUAAAAGAAUUGUUAAUAAAACGAAGUCAGAUUUAGUAAAGAACUUCUUAUUCGCCCUCUUUUAUCCCAAUGAAAUUCUAGAUUUUGCACUGUUCGAACAUAUAUAAUAGUGUCUGAAUUGUAAGCUAUUAAACACAUCAAGUUUUGAACUUCAUUAUACAAACACACUUGAGACUGAACUGUGUGCAUUGAAUUAAAUUGAUUCUGUAGCACAUAUUUGUAUUCCAUUCCCAUAUUUAUAUUUAUAUUUUGAAUU